UCGAUGUUAAUAUGUUAACGGUGUGAAUGUUACACAUAUUUAUAAUUGAACCUGCAGUGUUUCAUGGAAGGUUGAGAAAACCUUAUUAUUCUUAUUAUGCAGAUGUGUUAUAAUAAUCAGGCUAUAGGCUGACCACAGGAAUGCAGGCCAACAACCGUAUAGAUGAUGUAGAGGGAGAUCCUGACAGGGUGGAUCCCUUCUACCAACAAGGCAAAGUGGCUUGUGGUAUGUUUCUGGUUCUUCUAAUCUUGUCGUUCUUGGUAAUAGGAAUCGUAACAGGACUCAACUUCUCCAAGAAACCAAAGAGUGUUGAGAACAGAGGUCUUCUUUUUGAGGAAAAUACACCUGUUCCAUUUCAGCACAAAGGACCCUGCUCGGAUGGUUGGAUGACCUAUAGUAAUAGCUGCUAUUUGUUAGUAAAUGCUUAUGUGUCUUGGGAUUUAUCAAUGUCUUUAUGCCAUGAUCUUGGGGCGUACCUGAUGGUUGUAAACAGCAAAGAGGAGCUGGAGUUCAUAUCAACUGCUGUUCAAAUGAGCAGGGACUACUGGAUUGGUUUCAAGAGAGAUAAAAUGGUGGAAAAGACCUGGGUAACUGCAGACGAUAAUCAUUCAAGUUCACAUUUCUGGAAUGAAGAUCCUGGUGAUGAGGAGUCAUGCGUCUACUUAGAAGGAACUGACACUGUGCGUUCAAAGCAAUUGCAUGAUCCUGACUGUAAGAAAAAAAAGAAUUAUAUUUGUGAACACCAACUGAAGAAAAGUGUGUAACAGGAAAUAUUUCCCACAUGACAGUUGAAAUUGUAUGUGUUAUUUUAUGCUCUGUGUCUCCAAUUUUUACAUUCUAGCUAUUAAUAUUGUAGUAAUAUCAUUUGAUAUUAAUAUUUAAUUUAUCGUUAUAGAAGAGUGUUUAAGAAAAUGUUAAUUAUAAUUAAAGUGAGUACUGUUGUCAUAACCCCACUUCUUAGUUGUUACAUUGAAGGAAAAUGUGGACAUUUUAAAGCUUGUGCAUGCAUUUCUUAGGGUACUCAUGUGUUCAUAUUAUAUAAUAUAUUCUUUUAAAAUUAUGUAUUGUUUUGUUGGUUGAGUUAA